AUGAGAAUAAUAAUACUAACAAAUGGUAGGGCACAAAGGGAGCAGCAGAACGUAGUAGCUGCACUGGGGAUAAGGGUUGUUUCCAGAGACCGAAUCCUUAUGCAAAACCUUAUGGAGAUCACUGUUAUCGUUGCGACAAACCAGGCCACAAAUCCAACGAUUUUCCAAAUCGUCGGCAAGUUAACUUGGCUUAAGCGAAUGAGGAUGACAAUAAGGAUCAUGGUGCUGAUGAAGAUUAUGAAGGAGCUGAUUUCGCUUAUGAGGAAGCGAAUUAAUAAACCUAGGUUUGGAGCGGGUGUUACUCGCACCAAGACAAGAGGAAGGACAAUGACAUAA